AUGGGCUGUGGCGGUUCAUCUGUAUCACCCAGAUCCAUGAGGAAAGGACGAGGCUCACCACACAGAAAACACCAUGAGUCCAAGGAUGAUUCAGAUGGUGGCAAUGAUGACGACAACGAUUUUAGUGGCGAUAAUGGUGGUGACGAUGAUGGUGGUGGCGGUGAUUGUGAUAGAGGUGAUGGCGAUAGAGGUGAUUGUGGUAGAGGUGAUGGCGAUAGAGGUGAUGGCGGUGAUUAUGGUGGAGGUGGUGGCGGUGAUUAUGGUGGAGGUGGUGGAGGCGACUGA